AUGUCUCUCUCAAUGCACGUUAAUCCUGACCACCUCGUUCGCGAAGCUCAUGAUAAGAAGACCCAUCAUCACAACCUCACCAAAACCAAUCCAGACGCUCUCAGCCGCACUUACGGGGCGCGGUACGGGACGAACCCCAUCGCCAAGUACACCUUCGCGUCAAAGGGUAUUAGCGCUGAUGCUGCGUAUCAGCUCAUUCACGACGAACUCAGCUUAGACGGGUCGGCCACACUGAAUCUUGCAUCAUUUGUGCACACUUGGAUUCCGGAACCCGCGAUGAAACUUAUGCAAGAGAAUAUGAACAAGAAUCUCAUCGACCAAGACGAAUAUCCAAUGACUCAAAUUAUUCACACUCGAUGUAUCUCGAUGCUUGCGGACCUUUGGCACGCUCCAUCAUCCAGAAAUGCUAUAGGUACGGCGACCACCGGUUCAUCCGAAGCCAUACAGCUUGGUGGACUAGCCAUGAAGCGCAUCUGGCAAGAAAAACGCAAAGCUGCUGGGAAAUCAAUCCACGAACCUGGCCCGAAUAUCGUCAUGGGUGCAAACGCUCAAGUCGCUCUGGAAAAAUUCGCUAGAUACUUCGAAGUUGAAUGCCGACUUGUUCCCAUCUCAGAAGAGAGCAAGUAUAGACUCGAUCCAAAGAAGGUUAUGCAGUAUGUAGACGAAAAUACCAUUGGCGUAUUUGUCAUCCUGGGAAGCACUUAUACUGGGCAUUACGAACCAGUAAAAGAGAUAUCAGAUCUCCUUGACGAAUAUGAGGCGAAGACAGGCCACUCUGUUCCCAUUCAUGUCGAUGGAGCUUCAGGUGCAUUCGUCGCUCCGUUCGCGACACCCAAGCUUGAAUGGGACUUCAAACUUCCGCGAGUUGUAUCCAUCAACACAUCGGGCCACAAAUUUGGGCUUGCCCUUGUUGGCGUUGGAUGGGUUAUUUGGCGCUCGAAGGAGUUCCUUCCUAAAGAUCUUAUCUUCGAGCUCCAUUACCUUGGUUCAGUGGAGUACUCCUUCUCUCUCAACUUCUCGAGGCCUGCCGCACCCAUCAUUGCUCAGUACUUCAACCUCCUUCACCUCGGGUUUGAGGGGUAUCGAGCGGUAGCAUUGAAUGACCUACAGAACGCAAGGCUGCUGAGCCGGGCUUUGGAGCGAAGUGGGUACUAUCAUGUUCUCAGUGAUAUCCAUCGCCCUUCUGGCGGCGGCGAGGCUGCUAAAGAUUUCGACGAAGAAAGCAUUGAGAGUUAUGAACCGGGGUUACCUGUAGUUGCCUUCCGCUUCUCAGACUCGUUCAAAGAAAAGUAUCCCGAUCUUCAACAAAAGUGGAUCCAAACUUUGUUGCGUUCCAAGGGGUGGAUCGUGCCAAAUUAUGAGCUAGCGCCCGACCUCCAGAGUAUCGAAAUUCUGCGUGUUGUCGUCAGAGAGAAUUUGACUGAAGUCCUCAUUGACCGGCUCGUUGCUGACCUUAUGGAAAUCACCGAGAGCUUAUCUAGCAAGGAUUCACCAGCUCACGGAUUGAGUAUCCUUGAAGGUCUCCACAGGAAGAAGGGCGAGCAUCGCGAAGGGAAACUUGAGGAAGGUGCUGGAAGCGAGAGUUCGGGGACAUAUGCCAAACAGUGCUGA